ACGGCCUCAGGAAUCAACUUAAGCAGUCAUGGAGCAAAUGUACCUGAUUGAGAUAUUCAUAGACAAAGUGACGAUUUUUACAUCCGAUGAAGACGCAAAGAGCGGUGCAAAUAAGAAACUUAUCAUUAAAACAAAAUUUGGACCUAAAAAUCAAUUCAUUAUUAAAGAAGGGCAGCUAGCCUUAAAUGAAGAAAUGAAGGAUGAUAUCAUUGAGUGCGACGAACAGGGAAGAAGAAAAUAUAUAAGAACAAUCAGAGUGGGUAAAUCUUUCCUGUUCCCAUCAUACCCAGAUACAAUUUUGAUGAUUCUAGCCAAAUUUCCAUUAGAAAUCGAAGUAUGGAAUGAUGAUGAAAACGAAGUUGAAAUUUUCGUUGGUGUUGGAACAAUGAUUUGGGAUACAAAGUUCUUCCACAUGUUAAAGGAUACUGCAGACGCAGGUAAAGUUCAUGAGCCGCUAAGUAUAAAGCAGCUCACUCCACUCACAGCAGAAUGCUGUUGUAGACAGGUCGGCGAGAUUGCCUUCAUCCUCAGAAUAAGCGCUCUGGGGGACUCAAUAAUAACAGAAUUCCAACAGCUAAUGAAAGAUCCAGAUGCAUUCGUAUUUAGAACAAACAGAGCGCCGAGUAUGUUCCAGUGUAGAAGAAUUGAGGGAGAUGAUCCCAACUUUUGUAUGGUUGGUAGUUUAUAUGAAACUACGACACUGGAAGACCCAGACGUUAUAAAUAAUGCUCAACAGAAGAUAGAAGUAUGCACAGAACUACAAAGCUGUGGCAUGGGCCAGCCAGGAGCUGACUACAAAUGUGAAUUCGAACAAAGCAAAAACCCUCCAAAGAAAAAGUAUCCUGUUGAUAAAAUCAGAAUGGGCGAUAUCACAGGUCCAUGUGGCAAUCCCAACUGUGUACUAGCACACAAGGUCAAAACAUAUAUACGCAAUCUUGAAUCAUAUAAGAAAGAGGCAGGCGGUAUAACGCAAAACAAAGAUCAAACGUCGCGAAAAGUUUGUGGUAGUUGUGUAUGUAAAGAUGACAAAUGGCAUCGUGAUACAUGCCCCGAUAAUCCGCCAAAAUCAACUUGCGGAGGUUGUGGUGGAUUGACACCAGCAGAUGAUACUUGUGAAGAUAGGUAUAACAAAUUACACGGUACAGGUGCGACACCAAAAGGUAGCCCGACACAGUUAACAAAAGAUAACACGCGAAAAGGUAGUAAACAUCAGAUAAAUUACGUUAUAGACAUAACCAGAGAGCCUACUUUUAAGGAAUCUAAAUAUGGCAGGGAAUUCAUAGCUCAGAAUAUAGAGGCCACUAUUAACAUUAAUUCAGAUUAUGAAAGUCAAGUUAACAUGAGACAAGAAAAUAAGAGCAACUGUGGAUGUGGACGAAGCAGGUGUUCUCCUGUAGUUUCACCUGAAAAUGAGCCAAAAUAUAAUCUAAAUUCAGAUUAUAGCAGUCCAGUAAAUAUGAAACAAGAAUAUAACAACGGCUGUGGUUGUGGAGGAGGAAGAUGUGGGAGUUUACCAGCCAAGAAAAAAAGUAGUAUUAUUAAUUAUAUAACAAAAUCAUCUAGCAUCCCUAUAUUAAGAGAACCAAUGCAAAAAUGUUCAUCACGUAGUUUACAUAAAGAUAAUGAGAAGUACAUUUACAAUUUAGAAGCUAUUUACAACCGUGACAUGAAUGUUUAUAAUUGUACUCAGAUGCCUGACGACAAAGACUGCAAAUGUAACCCUCCAAAGCCCGCACCGCCAUGUAAUACUUUUAAUUGUGACUGUAUCACCGAGGCCGGUAAUAUUGCAUCGCGAAAAGCACAUAAGCCUUAUUGUCCACUAUAUAAGCAUAAAAGCAAUUGUCCUGUUACCCAGAAGGAGAAAGAAGACGAGAAGAAGAAAGUGGAUGAUGACGAAGAUGAAGCAGAACCUCUACCGUACGGCUUGCCACCUAUAGAACUUGGACCAUGUCCAGUAAUGGGACGACCUUGUUCUGUUCCUGAUGGAUUUGCAAGAAUGUACAAGACUGCAGCUUUGCCUCCAGCACCUCCCAGUUACAGCGAUGCGGGUAAAGUCUGUUGUUCGAAAGAAUAUGAAAGAAUAAAGAAGGCUAUAAAAGAAUACCUUAAGACAGAGAAAGACCAUGAUUUCCGCUGCAUUAAUAAAUUCAAUGUAGAUACAGAGAGGCGAUGUUGUGACAAAGAACAAAGAUUAAUGGCUUUAACUGGUAGGUCAUGCUGUGGCUCUCACAAAAUGGCCAUUCAAGAUAAAUUUAAGGACGAACAGAAAAAGUAGAACUGAAGAGCAUUGGCAUUUUAUUUUGUAACCCAAA